AUGAGCCAGAUCGAGGGAAUUGAGGCUGACUGUCGCUACUCCCGCGACAGGCUGCUCUCCUGCAGGCGGAAUGGGGGUGCCAAAGAGCUGAGCAUCUCGCUGAUCCCUGCGCCACCGAGGGCGAAGCAGAAAGCUUCCCGGAAGGAUCUUCCGCAAUCCUCGGCUCCGCUUCGGCCCGAUUUUGCCACCUUUCCAGAGCCAGAGACAGGCCAAGUUUUCGGCGCGCCUCCGCCCGAGGACGAUGGAUUCUGGGACGAGGGGACCAGCUGGGUCAGAGGAGCUGCGCCCGCACCGGUCGCGGCGGCGGCACCGGUCGCAGCGGUCGCACCGGCUGCGCCGUUUGCGCCGUUUGCGCCGUUUGCGCCGUUUGCGCCGGUUGCCCCGUUUGCCCCGGGCCUGGACUUGCCUGGCCCUUGGCGCGGGGGCUAUCCUCCGGUUCCGGACGCCUGGUACCCGCCGCUGGGCGACCUCGACGACGCCGCAGAUGGGCACAGCGAAGCUGCGGCCCCCGAAACCGUCCCUGUGGCCGACACAGGAGCGGUGGGUGGACGAUGGCGGAAGGGCAGAAGGACUGAGUUGGCGGAAGGGCCAGGUCCUGAACCCGACGAGCUGCAGCCAAAGCUGCUGCAGCCUUCGCUGGAGCAGGUGCUUCGGCAGCCGCCGCCUGUGCCGCCCCCGCCAGCCCCCGUGCCGGACACCGUCCCCGUGCCGGACACCGUCCCCGAGCCGGACACCGUCCCCGUGCCCGACACCGUCCCGGCCGACACGGAGGAUGCCAAGGGUGACAAGAAGAAAAAGAAGAAGAAGAAGAAGUCGAAGGACGAUCCCGGCCCCGAGGUCGCGGAAGUUACUGAACCCGAACCUGCAGAACCAGAGCCGACCAAAACCGAGAGCCCCGUUCUGACCGGAUUGUUUUCGAAGACCCGAUUUUCUGGGCUCGCGGACGGCUCCGACGAGGAGGCGGCCAAGCCGCAGGGCAAGGCCAAGGCGAAAGCCAAGUCGAAGGCGACUGCAAAGCCAAAGGCGACCGUGCCGAAGAACGCGCCCAAGCCCGCCGCCACCCCCGCCCCCGCCCCCCCCGCCCCCGCCCCCGCCCCCGCCCCCGCCCCCGCCCCCGCCCCCGCCCCCGCCCCCGCCCCAGCCCCAGCCCCCGUCGUUGCGGUUCCCGUGGCGGUUCCAGCGCAAGCUCCGGCGCCGCCAGCCAAAGCGGCCCCAAAAGCGGCAGCCGCGCCAGCCCCGGCAGCUCCGCCCAAAGCACCUCCGAAGCUGCCGAGCAAGGCACCGGGGCCGAAGCCACAGGUCGCCGUGAAGCCGGUGCCAAAACCGCAGGCGAAGACUGCUGCGCCAAAGGUGGCAGCCAUGAACCCGCUGCCGCCGCAGCUCCGAAAGGCGGGACCUUCAGCGUUCGGGCAGUCCAGCAUCGCAGCCAAGUACGCGGAGCGGCCCGUGGAGAAGUUGCCCGCGAAGCCCUACUAUGAGGAGGAGGAGGACCCGGAUUUGCAGUGCUACAUUUGGGACAGCCGGGCGCAGCAGCCGCGGCGGCCCGUGGAGAAGCCGCAGAUCCGGGCUCCGCCGCCUCAGAAGCAGCGGCAGUUGCUGAGCCAGGUCAUGGAGAUGGGCUUCGACGAGGCCAGCGCCAAGGGCGCGCUCGCGUCCACGGGUCCGGGCGCCCAGUUGGCCCGCCGGGUUUUGCUGCAGGAGGGCGAGCAUGCAGAGGGCGAGAAUCUGAGAGAGGGUCUGGCGGAAGCCGAAGGCGAAGCCGAAGCUGAAGUGGAGGAGGCUGGAGAAGAAGCAGAGGAGGGAAACGAGGACAAGGAGGAAAAUGAGGAAAAGGAGGGAAAGGAGGACGAGGAGAAGGAGGAGGAGGAGAAGGAGGAGGAGGUGAAGGAGGAAGUGGGGGAGGAGAAGGAGGAGGAGAAGGAGGAGGAGGAGGAGGAGAAGGAGGAGGAGAAGGAGGAGGAAGUGGAGGAAGAGGCGGAGGAUGCGGGAGAACCACAUGAGGAGACUGAGCAGGAGGAGGAGGAGGCAGAGGAGGCAGAGGAAGCAGACGAAGUAGAGGAAGCAGAGGAGGCGGAGGAGGUUGAGGAAGCAGAGGAAGUAGAGGAAGUGGCGGAGGCUCCGGAGAUGAAGCAGGAGGUGAGGAAAGAAGCGGCAGCCAAAGCGUCCGUGGGGUUCGUAGAGGCGAAGGACGAGGCAAAGGACGAGGAGUGGGACGAGUGGCAGGAGUGGGAAGAGGAGGAAGACAAUGGCGCAAAGCCGCCUCAAGGCCCUCAAGCCGGGGAGGCGUGGCCAACUCUGCCCAGGGCGGGGAAAGCGGCGCCCCGGCGCUGGACUGGCCGCGGCGCUGCGCCACCCGAGGAUCCCAAAGACCGGGCGAGGCCUGGCCUGGAGAAGGAGAACCAGGUGCUGAGGCAGGAGCUCAGCACCGAGCGCGCCAAGGUAAAGCAGCUGCAGAAGCUGCAGGUGGAAGCUGCGCAGGCGAACCAUCGGGAGUUCGAGGCCAAGAAGCGGGAGGCGGCGGCCUUGCGGGAGCUCGAAGAGGCGAAGGCCUAUGUGUCGCGCAGGCACAGCUUUGCCCUGAACGAGAAGGCGGAGCUGAUGAAGACGAUCCAGAACUUGGAGCGUCAGCUGCAAGAGGCCGGGGAUCGCGAGAUGGCGCUGCGGCUGGAGGUGCAGGAGGCGACGCAAGCGCGCAGUUCUGUGACCACCCAGCAGGACGGGACUACCAGAAGGAGGCGGAGCGGUGGCGUAAGGACUCGGCAGAGCAGUCGGUGCGCCUCAAGGCCGCGGAGCAGCGCCUGCAGCAGCUCGAGCAGCGCAAGCUGGAGGACAAGGCCAAGAUCAAGGCUUUGGCAGAUCAGCUGCAGGGGGCCGUGGAUGCGGGAUAUAUCCCGGGACCUUCAGGCUCCAAAAGGCCGAAGGCCAAGUCAAAGCCCGAGAGCCCGCCGCUCGCAAAGUCGAACGGCGUGAAGGCCAAUGGCAACGAUGCCAAGCAGGUGCCAAGCGCGGUGAGAAGGUCCUUCUGGGCAGAAGCUCAGAGUAUCUUCGAACGCGCGAGCCCGGCGAGCCCGGCGAAGCCCCCGAAGGCGGCGCCCAAGGCGGCGCCCAAGGCGGAGGCCGCGGCCGCGAAAGGAAAGGAGGGGAAGAGAAUAGCAGCGCAGGCGAGCGAGGAGCACCAGACCACGCAGCAUGCCAUCCUGGGCUUUUUGGUUUGCUUCGUGCUCUUCAACGUGGGGUAUGUGACCUGGCGAACCUCGACGUCCUGAAGGUGCGGGGCCGCGGGGCCCUGUCACUUUUGCUUUUGGCGAGGAUUCAGCGCGUGCCCUAGAGCUCCUCAAAUGAGUUGAGCUCUUCGCGCGCGAAAUGAAUUUGGCCGAGAGG